UUGAAUGAUACCUGUCUCGUUGAUUAGCAUUUUUCGCGUAUUUUAGCGAGGUGAAUCCUUUCGAAACCAAAAUUAACCACAAAUGCACACCUGGAUCGAAAGAUAAAGAAACAGAGCGAGUUUCGUUUCAUUCUGCACACCAUGGAUCAAGAAUACAUCCUUGAAAAUAUAUAUGAUAAUAAUCAUUUCACACCAGAUGCCGUUCCUGGACCUGCUGAAUACGGAGGCGGCGAGACCUCCAGUGACGCGUUGCUUCCACAGGUUGACAAUGCCACACGGCUUUAUAAAAGUCCCCACAAGGUGUUCAGUGCAUUAUGCUCCUUCCACAAUAGAGAAAAAUACAACAUGUACUGCAGGGAUUGUGACAAACCAAUAUGCUGCUAUUGUGCCCAACACGAGUGCAGGUACCACAACACUGUGGUUGAUAUGAGGAAACUGAAGGAGAUUUUUGAAGAAAAGAAGGAUGUGCUGAAAAAGGGAGUUGCGGCUGUUGAAGUAGCUGUGUCUCAACCUCAGCAACGUGGGUUUGGAAAAAUCUCGUCGGACGAAAACGUCAAAAUCAAUCAGCUUACCAAAAAUGUCAAGCAGCAGUUCGCAACGUUGAAAAAAAUGCUAAAAGCCAAAGAGAAAAAUAUGAUUGAUGACAUAGCUAAAUGCCACGACAACUUAAAUAAACGCGAGCAGUUACUACAAGGCGCAAAAGGUGUGAUCAAUGAGGCAAAUAUGUUACAAAAAUCCUCCGGAAAGUCGUUUGCUUUUGUACAAGAAGCAAAUGAAGUAUUUGACCGACUUCAAAAGACUGAACACUUUCUGCUAUUAAAGGAGUCGAACACUAUUUUUUCGCCAAGCUUUGAAGAUGUACAACAAGCAAUUGGUGAAUUGGAAAUCCUUGAAAUUCCUGGUAAAGUUCAAAUUCUAAAAGACAAUUACCAAGUCCACUCCAAAAAGAUAUCUCCAAAAGAGGAAAUCAAAUGGACACCACCAUUUAAUAAAGUAAAUUGCAGAAAUCUUGAAUACGAAAUUCAGCUUGACUCAGGAAAUGCCUGGCAGGAAUUGCUUACAACAAACAAACCUUAUUUUACAUUUGACCCUAAAAAGAUGGAAACUGAAUCUUUGAGACAUUUUGAUGGAAAAUUUAGUAUUCGUGUUGUCCCAAAAAUUAAAAUAUCAACUGACAAAAGCAUUCGUAAUAAUUCGGAAGAAGUCUUCUACGGUUUGCCAAGUGAUUCGACUUCAGUGGAAAUAUUGUAAUGUCAUCAAUUUAUCAUCGCCUAAUUACUCAUAACUGGUUUUGUUUUAUGACAUACAUUCUUUAUUUGAGGAAUGAAUAAAGCUACAUAUUAUAUUUGCAGUUUUCAAUUGG